ACAGCAAAGGCAUGAGGAUCCUUCCUUUCUCCUAAGUAACUCCAGAUACAUUUCUUAUUCUCUCCCUUCCUAUCUGAUGGGUUCUCAUGCCAUAAUCGAUUCAUAAUCUAUCUUCAAAAGCCUUUUCUGCACUCUCCCAAUUGUUCCCAGCUGAACUGGAUUUGAAUUGUGUUCUGUUUGUCUCAGCAACAGAUGCCAGAUAUCAUUAAAUCACGAAAAGUCAGGCAAGAAUAGCCAUUCUUUCUGUAAUUUUGGCCAAAAUGAUCUUCAUGUUUUUUCAAGACAGUUUUUUAUGUUUUCUAUUACUGAAAUGUUAGGAUGUAGACAAUGUAUGAGUACUCCUGUGGAACUGAAUAAAAUUAUAGUGGGAAUGUGACUUGCUUUUGUUAACUUUUAAUCCAUUUUUCACCUAUUAUUAAAUGUAAAAAUAAUGAGAGAAUUACAAGUAGUGCCAUAAAUCAAUGCAUGUCCUGAACUGCAGUGCAAAUCAUUUUUAUGAGAGCAAGCCCCUGUAUUUAUAAUAAAUCAAAUUCUUUAUCUUUUGAGCUUCCUGAUUAAAGUAAUUAGUCAUUUAUGUUGAUACAGAGCCAUCAGUGAACACUUGUUUUAUAUCACAAGUAUUGAAUCUUAAAGAAGUUUGAAAGGGUCAUUGGUUAUAAUUAGCUACACAUUGUAAUGUAGAUUUGUUGUUUUGUUGGUGGGAAAGUAGUUUCUUCUGACCUAGAUUAAUAUGCUGAGCAAUUCUCCUUCUGAAAUUAGAGCAAACUGUAUUUUAAGUAAGAUACUGUCAGUAGCUUAAGAGGCUUUUAGAAACUGAGCAUGGAAAAAAUUUUUGGACUCAGAUAAAAAACUAAUGUGAAAAGCCAGGUAUGACACAGCAGAGGCACUUGGGUAGGGCACGCUGUGCCAGCAUCCCUCCUUGUGAGACUGCAGCAUUAGUUCCUGCCCCUUCCCAUAGCAGCUGGGAGAGGUCUGGCUAAUGCCGUUUGCAAAGUGUUUGGUAACUUGGGAACUGCACAUGCUGUGUACCUGUAAAACACAGCUGUUGGCUGAGAGGUUCUCUUUGGGAUGUGGUUCUUACCAACCCAUACUUCGCAUCACUCCCACUUGGGUGAGGCCACACUUGGAGCACAGUGUUUGGUUUUGGGCCUCUCACUACAAGAAAGACAUUGAGGCCCUGGAAUGUGUCUAGAGAAGGAUAGCCAAGCUGGUGAAGGAUCUGGAGCUCAAGUCAUUUAGGAAGUAGCUGAGGGAAACUGGGAUUGUUCAGCCUGAAGAAGAGGAGGCUCAGGGUUGAGCCUUAUGACUUUCCACAACUCCCUGAAAGGAGUUGUGAGGUUGAGGUUGGUCUCUUCUUACAGAUAACAGUGAUAGAACUUGUGGUAAUGGCUUUAAGUUGUGCCAGGGAUGGUUCUUGUUGGAUAUUAGGAAAAAAUUCUUCUCAGGAGUAGUGAGGUAUUGGAACGGGAUGCUCAGGGAGGUGGUGAAGUCUCCGUCCCUGGAGGUGUUCAAGAAACAUGUAACACCUUGGCACCAAGGGACAUGGUUUAGUGGGCAUGGUGGGGGUGGGUUGAUGGUUGGACUGGAUAAUCUCAGUGGUUUUUUACAAUUCUAUAGAACAAAGCCACACUUGCAGACAAAGAUCAUGCUUCUGGGGACAAGUUUAAAAGUCUGCAGAGAUGUUUUUAUGGAUGUGAGAUGGGGCAGCCUAUGCUGAUUGGCUGAUGAGCCACGUAAUUUCAGUUUAAGGUGAACUUACCUUUUGGUGGCAUUAUGACUCGAUCAGUACUGGUCUCCUGAUUUGCUGGCUGAAGUUUUCAUUAUAUUUGAAGACAGAUUUAUAUUAUUUUUUUAAUUUUCUAUGUCAAACUCCAAGGAUAAUUAUGAAAGUCGAAGUCUUUCAUUUCUUAUUAGAUUACAUGCUUUAUUUAGAGUUAAAAUAAGGGAACCUUCCCAUCAGUUACUUUGGUCACCUGCUGUGCAGGCUAAUAGUACCAUGCUUAAUCUUAAAAAGCAGUGUCGGUCACAGUCACAUUUGAAUUCCAGUGUAGCAGCAAGGAGACAAUGAAGGGAGAAAAGUUAGCUGAAUUAGUGCUGGUUUGUAUUAACACUUUUCAAAAGCAAGUGCCUGGAUGAAUUCUGCAGUCUAACAGAUACAUCAAAUUGUGGCUUUGAAGAUGUACUUUUUAGAAAAUGAGUCGUGUUAAGAUUGAAACAUAUUUUUAGUUUAUAUUCCUGUGAGUAGCGCUAUUAAAGUCAAACUUGUUUUAGUAAUGCUUAUGGAGAAACAAGUAAUAACAUAAUGUGAGAAUGUGAGAGGUUCCUCUUACAAGGGAGAAAAGGGGUUGUGACUGAGGGCAGGUAAAUGUGAGCGCUGGCAUUAUUAUUAUUGGUUUUUUUUCUAUUGUGAGUGAUGAAGCACUGAGCAAUUUCACAAGGAAGCUUAAAUGUGCAUUAGAGAAAGUCUUUACAUCUUCUAAGACAAAGGAAAUGGGUUAUUUUUUGGAGAAUAUUGUUACAAAAAAAAACACAAAACAACAAAACAACAAAGCAUCAGGGAACACAAAAUCCUCUACAAGGAUGAACAUUGUCACUUGAAAAGAAAAUAGGUACUCACGUCCGUUCACCACCUGGGUAUUAAUGCAGCCAAUUACUGUGCCCUGCCUUUCAGACAUUAUUAUGUUACAGCAAGAAAAGAGCCAAUAUUGUAUUUUAUAUGACCUUUCUAAUGCUGUAUAUACACAUAUAGAUUUGUGUUAUUUGUCUCUUUGAUUUGCCAAAUGUUUCUUAUUUCUGGCUCAAGGCAUUUAUUUAUUGCAAGGCUUCAAGCUGCGGUAAACAAGGUCAUAGAUUAAGAAUUGAUUUCCACAGUUGCUCUAGCAUACAAACUAAAUUUCUCUUGGUUGGUUAUAAAAACCACAGCUGGGCAUAAAUUCAUAUUUUCAGGCAUUAUCUUGAAAUUAAUGUUAAAGCACAUGAAAAACAUUCUUAGUACGCAUUGCAUGCUUAUUUUAGGGCUUCAGCUAAAGCUUAAGGAAAGCAAAUUGUUUUUACACUGCAAGUUUCUAAAUGAAACCAUGUUAUUACUGAUCUGAAGCUUCUUUAUUUUACUUGGUAUGUUUUUUUCUUUAUCUGUUUUUGUUGAUAGGUUUUCUAUACAGCUUUUGGCAAAUUUUUAUGAUCAAUAAGUUGAUUAGUUCUUUGUUUUUGCUAUAUGUUCACAGAGAUCUUUCUGCUUAUGACAAGAGUGGAAUAUCAUUUCUGUUCUUUCAAAUUAGAUGAUCCUGCUACAAAUAGAAAAAUCCUACCGUUCUGUUAUCUUUUGCUCCAUCUUCCCUAUUCCCCCCCAUUUUAAGGUACGCUUUGUGAUAAUAGAGGAGUGCUGUGUACCACGAUUGAUUGAUGUGACUGUCAAAGAUGUUUAACUCCUCUAUGAAUCGCUGGUGCAAUACAGUUUUGUAGUAACUAUAAAAUAAAAAGUUAAGUACAGAAAUCGGCUCCUUAGUCAUGUCUUUAAAGGAAUUCUUUCUGUUACAUAAUCCCAUGCCCCUGCCCUCCAUGUUUGAGUUAGUUCAGUUGAGUGAGCAGAAAUCACGAUAGGUUAUGUGUGUUUUCAGGUCGUAAUCACCUUCCUCAGGUGGUUUUAUGAACAUUACCUUGGCCUCCACUGUUCCUAUGGGUAUCAAAGUUAUUGUACCUGCCAUAGGCAGAGAUAAGAAAAAGGAAAUGUGCAUAAAUAAAUUACUUCAGGCUUAGGGCUCACUUUUUUCAAUUCAGAUGGAUGUUUUGGAGGACUGAAGUUGUGAAAUCUAUCUGUUGGCACUGAUUCCUGUUCCCUCCCUGAACUGUGUUUUGUAGGAUUAGAAUAUGUGGAUCUCCUUUCACGGCUGUAUCUGUUUUGUUUUGAUCUCAUUGUACAGAAUCUUUAGCUGGAGCUUAAUUGAAGGUAUCCUAAAUUGACUUUUGUCAGCGUUUAAAAAUGCAUGUCUAUAAAAUCUAUAAAAUACAAAAUAAAAUUGACUUUCACUUCUUAGGAUUUCCAUAUGGAGAUAUCUCCAGAAAUGCAACUUUGUGGUGAAAUGAGGUAAAUCAAUUCAAUCUAGACUUUCUCUGAAUAAUAAAACAGUCUUACUGGAAGCCCUGUUAGAUGGAAUUAUGAUUAUCAAGUCUGGUAGUCAGGAAGAUUUCUUGUUAGGGUAUGGCUGCAGGACGACUAACUGAAGUGUGGUUAUUUUAUAUAUAUUAUUAUAUAAAAGAUUUCCAACCAUUUCUGAAAUGUAGGUUGCUGUUUUGAAAAGCCCUUAAAUAUGUAUAACAAAGCUUGGACUGAUUCAUUAACUUUGAAUAAAUUCCUGUGAUGAAUGAGGGAAAUGAAGAGAAAGCACAAAUAGCUUAUUGAGCAAGACUCCUUGUAUGUGGCUGGCUCCCUGCAGAGGCACAGUACUGGGACAGAUGCAUCUCUGAUGUGUCAUUGUAGAUCCACCAGAGGCUUUGAAGGAGCAGAACCUUAUCAGAAGGAAAUCUUGCAUGGGCCUCCUCUCUACUGACACAGUAUUCAGAUUUUCAAGUUUUUGUUUUUCCCCUACUCCUUUUUCUCUUCUAUUAAUAGGUGGACAAAUCUGAUCAGUUUUACUUUUAUGCUUUGAUGGGGUUGGUAUAAGAACCUAAUAGUGCUAGAAAUCUACUCCUGUUUUACUACUCCUUUUGAAUUUUUCUUGCUAUUAUCUGUAUUCCUGAUGCCUUGCAAAGUCACUCUCUGCAGUCACCUAAUUCUCAUGUUCUCAUAUUCUCCACAUAGAACCAUUCGUCAGUGAUCCCUGGUGCAAAAUACUGAAAAAGGGUCCUUGCAACAAACAGAAAAGUUUGGUGAGCAGGGAGGGGGAGCAGUCUCUCCAUCUUUGCACUCUGCAGUAGGAGGAGAGAAAAGAAUGGAGGUGAAUGAGGGGAGAUGAAUGCUUUCCUGUAGACUACCUGAAAAGACAGUGAUUUCUAGGUGGAAGUUGGCAAUGUACAUCUGAGCCAAGUCUUAUCUAGCCAAAUCCUAGAAGUUGGGUUUUUAUGACGUUGUAAGUAAUGCAGUUUGAAGAAGUCUGCCCACAGUAAGUGAUUGGGACUGGGUCAUUAUCAAAGAAGUGUGUUAUUGUGCUGACUUUUUACUUUAAGUCUGUUUGGUGUCUCAGCUCUUGAUGCAAAAUCUGGGAAACUGGAGGACCUUUCUUACUUUAAUAAGAGAACUAAGCUUGUAAAGUUUGCUGAAGGUUUGACACAUUGUUCCAGUUACCUAUUUGGUAAGUAUUUUUGUAUUACUAGAAAUGUAUGGAUUCUUUUUACCAGCUGAAAUAUUUGCAGAGGAUACUUCAUCAUUAAAAAACAGCAUUAUCGUGGAUCCAUUCUCAGCCUCAUCAAAUUGCAGUAGCGCAACAUCUGAAAAACAUAACUUGAUUCAAAACAACCUUGAAUCACCGAUGCGACUUUGAGGGGAGGCACCAGCAACAUAAUAUGAUUGCAGUACGGUUUUCACUCCAUGCUCAGUGUUUUGCAGUGCCAUGCAUGUUCUGAUACAUGGCAUACACCUGCGCUGGCUCAAUCAGCGGAAAAUCGACCAAAACAUGCAGAUGCUGAGAGAAAUGCUUGAAGAAGUUGAAGAAAUAGAGGUCACCUGAUGUGAAGCUUCUAGAUAUCACUUGCUGGCUUCAGAGUGGGUGGAUUCAGCUUCCUUCUGGAUCCUGAGCAAGUCACCUGUGAGAGAUCUUGUUUUCUGCUGGGUGUACAGACAGCAUGGAAGGGGAGAGCAUCUAUGAGGUUGAUUCUGAAGAUGGACCUGGAGCUGAUAUUAUUUCUACAGUUGAGUUCAACCACACUGGAGAACUGCUGGCUACUGGUGACAAGGGGGGUCGGGUUGUUAUAUUCCAAAGGGAACCUGAGAGUAAAAAUGAGCCUUACAGUCAGGGGGAGUACAAUGUUUACAGCACUUUCCAGAGCCAUGAACCUGAAUUUGAUUAUUUGAAGAGCUUGGAGAUAGAAGAAAAAAUAAACAAGAUCAAGUGGUUACCACAGCAAAAUGCAGCUCACUCACUUUUAUCAACAAAUGAUAAAACAAUCAAGUUAUGGAAAAUUACUGAAAGAGAUAAGAGGCCAGAAGGGUACAACUUAAAGGAUGAAGAAGGAAAGCUUAAAGAUCUUUCUACAGUAACGUCACUACAGGUGCCUGUAUUGAAACCUAUGGAUUUGAUGGUAGAAGUCACUCCCCGGAGAAUCUUUGCUAAUGGUCACACCUAUCAUGUCAACUCAAUAUCUGUCAACAGUGACUGUGAGACGUACAUGUCAGCGGAUGAUCUCAGGAUUAAUCUCUGGCACUUAGCAAUCACGGAUAGAAGCUUCAACAUUGUAGAUAUAAAGCCAGCCAAUAUGGAGGACCUGACAGAAGUAAUUACAGCCUCUGAGUUUCAUCCCCAUCACUGCAAUCUCUUUGUCUACAGCAGCAGCAAAGGCUCCCUGAGACUCUGUGACAUGAGAGCAUCAGCCCUCUGUGACAAACAUUCCAAGCUUUAUGAAGAACCAGAAGACCCCAGUAAUAGAUCAUUUUUUUCAGAAAUUAUCUCUUCAGUGUCAGAUGUCAAAUUCAGUCACAGCGGUAGAUACAUGCUAACAAGAGAUUACCUCACUGUCAAGGUUUGGGAUCUGAACAUGGAAACAAAGCCUGUAGAAACGUACCAGGUCCACGAUUACCUUAGGAGCAAGUUGUGUUCCCUCUAUGAAAACGACUGCAUCUUUGACAAGUUUGAAUGUGCGUGGAAUGGAUCAGACAGUGUCAUCAUGACAGGUGCAUAUAACAACUUCUUUCGAAUGUUUGACCGUAACACCAAGCGGGAUGUGACCUUGGAGGCAUCCCGCGAGAGCAGCAAACCCCGCGCUAUUCUCAAGCCCCGGAGAGUCUGCGUUGGUGGCAAACGGAGGAAAGAUGACAUCAGUGUCGACAGUUUGGACUUUACUAAGAAGAUCUUGCACACAGCGUGGCACCCGACCGAGAACAUCAUUGCUAUAGCAGCGACAAACAAUCUCUACAUAUUUCAGGAUAAAGUGAACUCAGAAAUGCACUAGGUUUAUCAAUACCCCUCUGUAUCUACAAACCAGCCUCUUGAGAGUUGUAAAAGGAUGUGAUCUUCUCAAAAAUUAGGGCUUCUGUGGUGGGAUUUGUAGGUUGCAUCCUUUCAUCCCUCAGCCUGUAUCAUUACUGGUGGCAAGCCAACUAUUCUCAUCACUGCAACUGUAUGAGUAAAAGGCACGACUGCAAAUCCA